AUGAAACAGAGGAAUUCAUACUCAAUACUCUGUUUUAUUAUCCUCAUAAGUUCAAUUUCAGCGCAACAAUGCAUCAACACUAGUACUUUCAGACUCAACAGUUUAUACGACGCAAAUCUCCACCUCAUCCUCUCUUCUCUUCCUUCCAGUGUCAUGGCUCAAGAUCGCUUCUUCUUCAAAGGUUCGACUGGUCAAGUUCCGAACCGUGUAUAUGCAAGAGCAAUGUGCAUCCCCGGAUCGACAAAAGAUGACUGCUCUGAUUGUAUAAAGACCGCGUCUAAUGGUUUGAUACAGAGUUGUCCUAACCAAACAGAAGCAUUUACAUGGCAAGUUGAGCCUACAGUUUGCCUUGUGGGCUACUCCAACAAUUCUUUCUCAGAGCUAUACCCAUAUAAUGUGGUCAACAACACUGGAGAUAUUAACUCAAAUCUAACAGAGUUCACGGCUGUAUGGGAAAAUUUAACUGCUCAUAUGAUUGUUGCAGCCUCCACAGAAAGAGAGACAGCAUUGUCUAGCAAUAAGUAUUACAAAGCUGAUGCUGCGGCCUUGACACCUUCCCAGAACAUAUACGCAUUGAUGCAAUGCGUGCCGGAUUUGACUUCUCUUUCACAUGAUUGUGAAAAUUGUUUGAAACAAAACGUAGCUUACUACCAGUCAUGCUAUAGACAGAAGCAAGGAGGCGUUAUUAUGCGGGCUAGCUGCUUUUUCCGUUGGGAUUUGAAACCAUUCUCCAAGGCUUUUGGAAACAUCAUGGUUACUUCUUCUCCUCCUCCGCUGCAACCUCUCAAGACAUUCCAAGGUGAUAUUGGACCUGUUGAAACAAUUCUUGUUCCCAUUGUUGUAGUCGCCUUUAUCAUCAUCAUUAUCUUAGUACUGACUGCUCGACGAUCUGCUGUACUUUGCUGGAGGAGAAAACCAUAUCAAGAAUUUGAUUUUGAUCAACCUGGUAUUACAGCUGUAGACUCCCUCCAAUUAGAUUUUAAGACAAUAGAAGCUGCCACAGAUAAAUUUGCAAUGAGUAACAAGCUUGGUCAAGGUGGCUUUGGUGAAGUUUUUAAGGGUAUGUUGCCUAAUGGAACAGAAGUUGCAGUGAAGAGGCUAUCGAAAGCAUCAGAGCAAGGCGCACCAGAGUUCAAGAACGAGGUUGUUGUUGUCGCGAAACUUCAUCAUAGGAAUCUUAUCUUGAUCCUCGUUGAAGUUGGAACUGUUUGA